CUCUGGCAAGUUUGGGGUAUGAGAAGACCUGUGUUUUGUUCAACUGUGGAGCAUUGGCAAGCCAGAUAGCAGCAGAACAGAAUCUGGAUAAUGAUGAAGGACUAAAAGCUGCAGCUAAGCACUAUCAGUUUGCAAGUGGUGCUUUCCAGCACAUUAAAGACACUGUUUUGUCAGCCUUGAAUCGAGAACCUACAGUGGACAUCUCUCCAGACACGGUUGGAACUCUCAGUCUUAUUAUGUUGGCUCAAGCCCAAGAAGUCUUUUUUCUGAAAGCUACAAGAGAUAAAAUGAAAGAUGGUAUCAUAGCUAAACUAGCUAAUCAGGCUGCAGAUUACUAUGGUGAUGCUUACAAACAAUGCCAAUAUAAAGAUACUUUGCCCAAG